GAUAUAUUUAUACAGGAAUUUGAAUCAAAAGAAUUUUUAAGAAUGGAAGAAAAGUAUCUAAUCAAACUUUUAAAAAGUGAUGAUCUAGAAUUAGAAGAAAUUAAAAUUUGGGAAUAUUUAAUUAAAUGGGGAAUUGAAAAUACUGAUAUUAUUUUGGAUAAUGAUUUAACGAAGUGGACGCCAAUGGAUUUCACGGAACUAGAAAAAACUUUGCAUAAUUGUAUUCCUCACAUUCGAUUUUUUCACAUGUCUCCUAAUGAGUUCAGUGUAGUUAGAGCUCAAUUUAAACAAGUUCUACCGGAUGAUCUUGUUGAUGAUGUUUUUCAAUAUUAUUUAAAUCCAAAAUCCAAACUCAGAUUUCAAGUUUUACCGUUAAGAGAAUCAGCAUAUAAUUUUAACUCGAAUAUUAUCAAGGCUAAAGAUGCAGCAAUCAUCGCAAGCUGGAUCGAUAAGAAAGAAGUAAUACUUUAUCAUUUUAGAAAUAUUCCCUUCAAAUUUGAGUUGAUUUAUCGUGCUAGUACUGAAGGUUUUAAAAAUUUUCAUAAAAAUUGCGAUAAUAAGGGACCAACUGUUGUUGUCAUAAAGGUUCGUGAUUCAGGGGAGAUAAUUGGCGGGUAUAAUCCAUUGGAUUGGCGUAGUGUUAAAUUAGCAGAAAAUUCUCCAUUAUUAUCUUAUAACAAUGAAAUUUAUAAUAAUUAUAAAUGUGAAAUAUCAACUAGUUUUAUAUUUUCAUUAACAAAUCGAGCGAUUCCUAUAUUAAGUCGAGUCUCUUCUAGAAAAGAAGCAAUCAUAUGGUGUGGAGACAAAGGACCAUGCUUUGGUUUACAAGAUUUGUGGAUCCAGAAUGGUUCUUUACCUCAUAUUAUUGUUGGUAAAUGUAAACAACGCUCUUAUGAAAAGAAAAUUAUUGAUAGGGAAACUUUUGAAAUAGAAGAAUACGAAGUAUUUCAAAUUAUUGAUAAUAGAAACUAUUUUUUGAAUUUUAUUGGUAGCAUAUUUGGAUUUAUUGCGAGGGUAAUUCGAGACAUACUUAGUUAAAAAAGUGUAUUAUGAUCUGUUUAUAAUCUAAUUUAAUGUUGUUAUUAGCAUUGAUCUUAUAUCUCAGCUCAAUAGGUUUUGCUAUUAUAAUUUUUUGAUGGUUAUUGUUGUAAUAGAUUCAUAUUAAGAACAUAUUAAAUAUCAAAAACUAAUAUUAAUUAAUAAAC